AUGUCAGGGGUUGAAAACAAAGCUGGACCUAAAGCCUCUGCCAAAUGUGCAGGAGCAGAAGUACGAACAAUUGUACCACCUGGUACUUGCCCAGUAGCUGAUGGUGCUGCUAGGACAAGAGGUCGCACAACAGGCACCAUAGUGGCCCCAGUAGGGGUAGUGCCACCAGCAGCAGAAAGCGGAGGAGUUAUCUGCUUGAUCUGCUGCACCAUUAUCAUGUUGCCAGCUCCGGUUCCUGAGACAAAGACUGCAAUGCUGUUUCAAGUCUCUCCAACUGCUCUGGAUCCAUCUCAAGAAAUGGAUCGAGGGACUCUCCUGAGAACAGAAAUCAAAAGACAUGCAAAUUCACAUACAACUGUGCAAACAGAUACACAUUAUAAAACAGAACUGGCUGGAGGCACAGCAGUGACUGCACUAAUGGUACCAGCAGGAGCAGAAGGAGGGACCAUGUCAGAGACCAUCUCAACAUUGGAAGCAGGAGCUGCCACAGGAGCAGCUGGGGUAGGAGGAGUUGCUGCACUGACAGCAGCAACUUCUCCUGGGUCUGAUAGGGAUAAAGAGGCCACCCAAUUGAAGGAUUCAAUCCCCGUAGUCUACCUACAUUCUAAUCAACACACCAACCACUUUCCUCCAGCUGUGGUUCCAGUUGUGACUCACCAACGCCCAUAUCCAUCACACAGUGGGAAAGCGGAGUGCGAAUUUUUCCUCAAACAGACAAUCUUCCACUUUCAAACAGGAGAGCCCGCGUUGAAGAAACCUUUCUUACCGCCCUCGUCGGCAGAAGCGAUCUGCUGCACUCCGCCCCUCUUCAAGGUGCAGGGGCGUCCAACCCAGCGCAUCCCAAGGUCACGCGCGGCCCGCGGCGCAGCACGGCGCGGCUCGGUCCCCCCCUCGUGGCGGCGGCGGUGGUGCGGGCGGCCUGACGGUUGGGCGCAGUGCGGCGCGGCGUACAGUCGUCAGACGACCGCCGAGUGGUUCGCGCGCGCCUCUCCCACUCGCUCCGCCACACCGCCCCGCCUCCGCCGCCGGCCCUCACCGUCAGCUGUCGCCGCGCGCGGCCAGCGGCGCUCGGCGCCCAGUUGCAGCAGCCAUCUUGAAGGCGGGUUGCAGGUGAGUGCGGUGCCUUUCGCAGGUGCGGGCCCUUUGGGCCCCUCAGGCGCCCUGCGGUUGAAGGCCUCGCCGGACGAGAGGAAUGACCCGGACAGAGGCCGCACCGCUCGCCGUCGCAAUGGGUCGUGUCGGGCGGGCGAGGCGGUAGGCGAAGACCUUUUGGGUGAGUCACGGCCCAGCGGGGAAGUGCGCUCACGGCUGGCGGGGGCGGAGGCGGGGGCGGACGGCCUUGGGGGCUUCCAGGUGAGCGUCGAGCGGCGCCGCGCCGCGCCGCGCCGCGUAGCCCAGUGCAAGCGCCGGCAUGCGAAUCCAACACAGACGGACGGCCCGACCCGGCGCGGCGCGGCGCGGCAUACGGCCGCACGAGCGACGGCUGGGACUGGAGCAACGGUACUCGCAUCGACCGAGGUCUCGUGGCACUUUCUACAGGAGGUCGAGGACGCGCAACAACACGACUGGAAGAAAUGUACUAACUUUCCUCUGUUGUCUUAUCUGGGAUCCCGAGGACAAAAAGAAAGAAUAGGGGAAGCGAAAGGAGGAAAGCAUGAAGCAGAAAAAGGAAGAAAAUACGAAGAAGAAGAAAUAGAAGAUGAAUGA